UAUCUCGACGAUAUACUUAUCUUCUCUAAGACAAUAAACGAACACCGGAAGUACGUAAAAGUAGUAUUAGAUGUACUAUACGUAUAUAAACUAUUAGUUAAUAAGGAAAAGAGCGAAUUCUACAUUAGGAAAACGGUGUUUCUAGGAUAUAAAAUAUCCCUAGGACAAAUCUAG